UAAACAAAACGUCAUACCAGGAAGCCACGCCCACUACAUGUUUGAUAUUCCGCGGCUUCCGUGUCGUAAAUAAAAACAUGCCAAAAAUACAGAAAAAACUAAAACCAGUGAAAGUGAGGAGAGCUGGAGAAGCGAAAAAAGUCGGCGUGGCGGCGUUUACACUGAAAGAACUCAUCAAGAAAGCAUGCGGUUUACUUCAGAUGCAUGUUUCGAAGGUACAGUGCUGUUUGUAUGAGGACGGGACGAUAUUGACCGAAGAUUAUUUCCUACAUCUUCCCGAUAACACUGAGUUAGUUCUACUUCCAAAUGGGCAGAGCUGGAACGGAAUGGCAUAUGACCUCAACCAAAUCCUUGGGCUGGACAGACACUCAGAAGCGCUGAUCACUGCAGCGCAACAGCUACUGACUGAUGAGCAUUCAGCGAAGCGGAGAAAAAUCCUCAGUGACCUUCUGUUUACUCUGAAUGAUAAUGCAGAGCUGGAGAACAGGGAAGAAGAUGAGGACUGGUUUGAAGGAAUUGACACAAGAUUUAAGACCAAGUCAUCAUACAUGAGGCACAACUGUGAACAAAGAAUACGGUCAUAUCUGAAAGAGGUGAGCGGCCAUGCAUGCACUAUUCAGAAUGCUAAGCAGAAAGAUGAAUAUCAGAAGGUGGCAGCCAGCAUGGCAGAAAAGUUGAAAUCCAUGCGCUAUCAUGGCAAUUACUUUGACAGGACAGAGAAGAAGCUCCAUCAUCUGUGCACCCAAGAGGGCUGGUUCUCCUGUCAGGGUGCCUUUAAUCUGGAAGAGUGUGAAUCUCGCCACUCAUUAAACCCAUAUAGUAACCGGGAGAGUAGAAUUGUUUUCAGCACAUGGAAUCUGGACCAUAGGAUCGAGAAGAAAAGAACCAUCAUUCCCACACUUUUCAAUGCACUUCAAGGUAAAAAGAGCAGUGAUAUAAAUCUGGACUAUUUCUACAAGCUGUUAUUCACAGUAGAAAAUCUGAAGCUGGUUCACAUUGUCUGCCACAAGAAAGGAGCUCAUGACCUAACAUGUGAUUCACACCAAAUAUAUAAACGGGGCAAAAGGAAGUGAGAAGGAUAGAAAUUACAUUAUGAACAGAGUUGCUUUAGAAAGCUCAGGAUUUUGAAAAAAUCUUUUAUCCAAUAGAAAAAAAAAGAAUUCUUCAAGGUUUUUCUUGAUUUUUUUUUAGGUGCGACACAUUUCCCUGUUUGAGUUUGUUUGCAAAAUUAUGAAUUUUUAUAAGACAAUGUACAAUAUUUAUAUUGUUUUUAAUAUAGAUUGAGAAAAAGUCCUUGUGAUGAUAUGCAUAAUUACUGAAAAACGUUGGUCAGACCUUUUUUUGUUUACUCAGGUUUUUUGAGGAACAUUUGCUAACUGAACAUUUCGGGGCCUUACGUGUGAAAAAUCCCAUUUGAGUGUUUUUUCCACAAAAGGAAAUGUUGCUGAUUUAGUUGCAAUAAAUUAGCAAAAUGAAA